CGGAGCUCAGGCACGAGAUGAUAUGGCUCACGGCGGAGCAGUCUCGUUUGCCUCGAUUGCGAUGAUCGCAGCUUGGGGCCGCCGGCGCACCCGGGUGCAAGGGCUGCGGCAUUGCAUCCACUAUCCGGGGAGCAUGUCCCUCACGGCGACUGCGCAAGACGGCAGUUGAAAGGGGAAGGAGACAUUCGCUUGCUUCCUUGCACCCGACGCUGAUCGGUCACGAGGCCCGCUACUACGUGUGCUCGACCAGAAGGGUGGAGGCAAGCCCUGGACAGAAAGCCCAGUGUCGUCUACCUCCACGGUAAUGGCAGCAGGUGGGUCGGCAAAGAGCAGCCGGAGGGCAAUGGCGCAACAGCUGAGCCGUACAUCCGUGACUUGAACGGAGACGGGACGGGUUAACACGUGUCAUGAAGUAUAGGUACUACAAGAGAGCGGGAUCGCUCGUGCACGUGCAGGUCUUCCACGAGGUGGACCGGAUCGCGCGGGAGACGAACACUGCCUAGCACUUGAACAACAUCCCGGGGAGCCCGUUGUAGAAGCGUAGCCUAUGACCAAGCCAAGCAUGGACUACAUCAUCAUGUCGACGCCGCCUCCCGAUUGUUUCGAAUGAGGGUAUGCACCCUCCGUCUUUAUGCGUGUACUUUUGAAGUCUUCAUACGCUGGUAGGAUGAGUAAAAGCCAUGUUGCUUACGUACGAACCAAGGUGAUUGCUUGUUGCAAGGUGUGUUUGCGCGAGCGAGCGAUUUUUCCUUGGAAUCGAUCUGGAUGGGUGUGAUGCGGGGCAAGGCGACU